CCGGCCGGCGCGAACCCGGGGACCUUGAGCUGCGCGGCGGCGGCGGCGGCGGCAUGGGCUGGUGGCGGGGUCUGCUGCGCUCGGUGUGGGGCUCCCUGUCGAAGGAGGUGAGGGAGCACGUGGGCACGGACCAUCUGGGGAACAACUACUACUUCAUCGCCGAGUACAAGAACUGGAGAGGACAGACCAUUCGAGAGAAAAGAAUUGUAGAAGCAGCAAACAGAAAAGAGCUAGACUAUGAAGCAGGAGACAUCCCAACAGAGUGGGAAGCAUGGAUUAGAAGAACAAGAAAGACUCCACCUACUAUGGAGGAAAUACUAAAGAAUGAAAAAUACAGAGAAGAAAUUAAAAUAAAAAGCAAAGAAUUUUAUGAAAAAGAUAAACUGGGUAAAGAAGCCAGCGAAGAGCUCCUGCCUUCACCUGCUGCAACUCAGAUUAAAGGCCACGCUGCUGCCCCAUACUUCGGACAGAAAGAACCCUCAGGGGCUCCCACCAGCACUGGUCAGACUUUUCAGCCAGGAUCCUGGAUGCCAGAUGACAAAAGACAGAAUCAAUGAUGCACUAUGGUAAAGUCAUUUCAUCUAUAUGGAUGUGGCUAUUUUAACAAAUAAAGGUUAAAAGUUGA